AUCUUGGUUUUUCUAUUUCUUCAUUUUUCUGCAGUGGGCAGCAGCUGCUAAACAUGGAGAGAGAAGAGGGAGGAGUAGUAGCGGUCAUGCAACGAGCAGAGAUCGACACCCGAGCGCCUUUCAGGUCAGUUAAAGAAGCAGUUAUGUUGUUCGGAGAAAGAGUUCUAGCCGGGGAAAUCUAUGCCAACAAGCUCAAAGAGAUUCGAGCUGGAACAAGUGAAGCUACUGGGCAUGCUCAAUCCAGAAUCGGAGCCUUAACAGCAGAGCUUGAAGAAACAAAGCAAAGCCUUGAGAAAGCUAGAGAAGAAGGUAACUUCAUGGCAUACUGCAUAAAAUCCCUUAGAGAAGAGCUUGAACAAGCAAAGAAAGAGGUACGAGUGUUGAAGGCAAGAGAGUUCCAAAAACAGCGGCUUGAUCCUGAGAUCGAAGACCUCAAGUUCAUGGAAAAUGCGACACAAACAGAAGAAGCAAAGGAGUUUCAAAAGAAAAGAUAUGUGAAGUUUGCCAGCCCUCCUUCACUGGCUCGAGUUAUUGUCAGCAAAGAUGAGUUGCUAGAAAGACCCCCUUCUUUUAAGAAGACAAAGAAGAAGCCAUUAAUGCCACUUAUUGGAUGGCUUUUUUCAAGGAAGAAGGGAGGCCAUGACGGUGACUCUCCAAGAGCCUGAGGCCCUCGGCUGAAUAAGCAAGUUUCCAUCACAAAUGUUACUCAUAAGUUGAAGUACUACUAUACAUUAAAGCAAUUUUACAGAAG